AUGUGUAAACAUAUUCUAAAUGCCCAAGUCGCGAUUCGUGCGCCCUGCUGUCGCAAGUUCUUUGAUUGUCCACAAUGUCAUGCAGAGACACAGUCGCACCCGCUGGUCAAGACGAUGGAGUUGGCGUUCCUGUGUAAAAACUGCCGCAGGGCAUUCCGCAAGGACAUGGCGCAAUACGAACAAGAAGAUGAAUACUGUCCGCACUGCGAUAAUCACUAUGUGAUUGAGGCCAAGACGCCACAGCUUAUGUUGUCAGUUGAAGGCGAGGAUGGGCGUGUUGAUGCUAGCAUAAUGCGCGAUGACCGGGUGAGGGAGCGAGAGGCGUUUGGAUCAGAUGGAACGAAAAUUGACCAGGGUGGAUACCAAGCGGCUGCCCUUGCGUUCCAGCGGAAACUUGCUGAGGGGGGCGCAGGUAGUGCAGGGCCUUCUUACGCAGGCGCCCACAUGCCUAAUCUUGCCGACUUUGAUGACGACGAGCUCGACUGGGACUAG